AUGGACCCUUAAUAAUUAAUUGAUAAUUUAAACGAUAUCUUACUGAGUGAUUACUUCACAUAUAUAGAAGUAUUGGGAAGAGGAAGUUUCGGUAUUGUGGUUGCAGCUAAUAGUUAAUCAUUAGAUAAAGUGGUGGCUAUCAAAGUAUUGAGUCAUAAAACACUAGAUUACACCAUAUUUUGAAUAAGAGAAUGAGUCAUCACUAUUGUAAGAAUGUUCUCAUCCAAAUAUUGUAAAAUUGUACAAGGUUAGAAUUAUAACUAAUACUCUUUAAGGUUCUAGUUGCUUAUAAUUUUAUCUAUCUAAUUAUGGAAAAACUUACUGGAACUACAUUAGAUGUUAUUUUAAAAGAACAAUCACUUGAUGAACUUCAAAUUAGAAACAUAAUGCUUUAAGUAUUAAAUGCUUUAGCUUUUUUACAUCGUAAAGGAAUCAUUCAUAGAGAUCUAAAACCUGGUAUUUUUUAAUAUCAAAUUUAGAGAACAUCUUUAUAUCUAAUGGAAAUCAUGUUAAAUUGAUUGAUCUAGGAUUAGGAUAUCAAAUAGUUUGUAGAGGUGUAAUAGGUUAACAAGUUGGAACUCCAUAUUAUAUUGCACCUGAACUCAUUAAUGGUUGUGAAUAAACGCAAGUAUUUAUUCAUAAUAAAAUAUAAGGCACUUGAUAUCUUUUCUCUUGGAAUUAUAUUCUAUCAGAUGUUGUGUAAUAAUAAACAUCCAAUUUGGACUGAGGGAUUAACUAAAAAAGAUUAUUAUAAUACUCUGUCUCGUGAAUUUCAUAUUAAUUAUCCUUCGCAUCUUUCUGAGUAUUUAUGAUUUAAUAAUAUUUAUAGAAUGGCUUAGGAUUUCAUUAAGAAUACUCUUACUCAUAGUCCAAUAGAUAGAAUGACAGCUGAACAAUGUUUGGAACAUCCAUGGUUAUUGGGAGAAGAUAGAAAAUCUCAUCCAAUUACCAAUAAAGAAAUCAUUUAAAGAUACAAAUUUAUUUAAAAGUUUCAACUCGUAUAUAUUCAUUUAAUCUAUUAGAUAGUAAAGGCAUUACAAAUGAUUAAAAUCUUCAAAUAAUAAUGUCAUGAAUAAAUGUAUUAUCUAAAAUCUUAGAAUUCUGAUGAAAUAAAUGAGAUCUUCUUUCAUGAUGAUGCUCCAAAAACAUAAAGAGUCUAUACAGAUACACAUAUCAAUAUUCGUCAUUAGAAAACUUACUAUAAACCUUAGAGUUUGAAGACUAUUCAAUUGACAAAGGUGACAUCAUCAUAAGAUCUUGUAUCAACAAAAAAUAAAAUGCUUAAUUCUAAUCGAUGUUAUAGUAAUAAUAAUGAUAUUAAAUAAUAUUUUAGAUUUUACAUCCAGAUAUAAAACAUCUUUAGAUAUACAAUUACCAAAAGUUAAUAGUUAGAAGAGAAUUCAUUUAUAAUUACCUUCCAUUUCUCCUUAUUAAACAAGAUAAUCUAGCUUUGUAUUUAGAUAGUCAUGA